GUUUGAGAUGACCAUAUGAGCUUGUUUGACCUCUUUGCAGCCUCUCAUCUCAAUGGCUCCAUCAACCAUUCUCCCCUUCCUCCUCUUCACUCUCCUACUCACCCUCUCCCGUGCCGCCAGGUUCGAGAUCGUCAACGGGUGCCCUUUCACCGUCUGGGCUGCAGCCAUCCCCGGUGGCGGCCUCCAGCUUGACCAAGGCCAGACCUGGGUCAUCGAUGUCAUCGAUGUGAACAACAACGGGACGUCGUUCAUAGGCCGCAUCUGGGCUCGCACCGGCUGCUCCUUCGACGGCAGCGGCCGUGGAAGGUGCCAGACCGGGGAUUGCGGCGGCGUCUUGGACUGCAAGGCGUCCGGCAGCCCACCCAACACCCUCGCGGAGUUCGCGGUCGGCCAGUUCAACAACAUCGACUUCUUCGACAUCUCCCUCGUUGACGGCUUCAACGUGCCCAUGGAGUUCGGUAGCUGCAGGGCGAUCCGGUGCUCGGCGGACAUCAAUGGGCGGUGCCCCGCCGAGCUGAGGACCCCGGGCGGCUGCAACAAUCCAUGCAUGGUGUUCAAGACGGACGAGUACUGCUGCACCUCCGGCAGCUGCGGGCCAACCAAUUACUCCAUGUUCUUCAAGAGCAACUGCCCCGACGCCUACAGCUACCCGAAGGACGACGCCACCUCGACCUUCACUUGCCCCGGUAACGGCGACUACAAGGUCAUUUUCUGCCCCUCCGUCUCGUCGUUGCCGGACGAUGGGUACCCCACGAGGUUCGGCCGGAUCGCUGUGAGUUUUGUGAUCCCAAAGACUUCAAAGACGUAACAGGUUUCGUGCCUCGGAUUUGUGUGCUGGAUUUGAGCGCUGCCGUGGGGAAAGGGAAGAUGCAGACUUUUUUGGUACACUACCAAAUCGUCCAAGUUUGACUUUGACUUUGCGACUCCUUCCUAAUGUCUUUGAUGAAAGUGAAGAAGAGAAAAAAAACAUGUUUGAGCAACAGAAAAUUGUGAAAUGAGACAGAAGAAAUGAGAAAUAGAGAAGCACU